AUUCGGUGGCUAAGCGACAGACAAAGAAGUCCAUCGCGUGCGUAUCUGGCCCGCCCCGCUAGUGCUCUGCUAACGCCGUUAGUUGUCGCCGAUGUCAUACCCACAAAAUCAAAUGCUCCGGAGGCCAACCCUGCUCCAAAUGUCGGAAUGCGGGGUGUGCUGCCGAAUGAACUUGCUGCUGAGAAUGAACGUUUGCGCGAACAAUUAUCCCAUGCACCGAGAUUGGUGACAGUGGAAGACACUGCCCACUCUGAAGGUGCUCCAGAAGCCGCACCCGAUACAGACACGAACGUUCAAAAUCCGAUGAUAUGCCAACGCGGAUGGUUCCAGCCAUAUGAUUCAUCCAGGCCCCCAAUUCACAUUGGUGAAGCAGCAUGCACAGCGUUCGCAACGCGACUCCGACAGGUACUCACUAAAAGCAAGACUACAUCACACAUGCCACGUGUGCAGUACACGCCCGAGGAAACGCUGAUAAAAAUCCGCAAUCCAGCGAUUCCAUGGCCCACUUUAUCACAGGCUAGAUUACUGAUUCAAGUUGUCUUUAAUCAAGUGGGCCGUGUUUAUCAUUUGAUGCUCCGCAAGUCGACAGUCGAGGAACUUGAGUUAGCUUAUCGGCAGGCCGAUUUUGAUGAUCCCGUAUUGACAUGUAAGACAUGCAAGUUCUUCGCUUUAUUUGCACUAGGAGAGGUCUAUUCGGCCCGUUCAAACUCGAAUCUUGAGUGUGCCGUUCCUGGGGCUGCGUAUUAUGUGAAUGCGAUGAUGUUGAUUCCUAUCUUGCCCGAGCGACCCAGUUUAACCCAUAUUGAGGCUCUGCUAUUAUUGUCACUUUACUCAUACUUUUUGAAUCGUCGACAUUCUGGCUUCCUACUCGUUGGUAGUGCUAUGCGCCUCGGCUUGACCCUGGGCCUGCACCACGAUAUUCCAGAAUCUCAAUGCCCUGAUCCAAUUGAUCGCCAGCACCGAAUUCGACUUUGGUGGGGAAUCUAUCUUCGAUCGCAUGUUGGCUAUCCGAUCCAGAUCGCAGAUGAUGAUAUCUUCGUCGAGAUGCCCUCUGAUGCCCUGACCGAGGAUCGAGAUGAACAAUUUUCCGACACUCAGUUUCUCGUUGCAAGCAUCGAUCUUGCGAGAAUAACAGGACAGGUUAUUGAGAAGCUGUACAGCCGCAAAAAACAGCCUGACUCGUUCCUCCAGCGAGAGCAAAAGUUGCUCAUCGCCUUGAAGCAGUGGUCACAAGGCCUACCUCCACAUAUCAGGUUGAGCCGUGAUGGAUAUAUUCCAAAGAACGUGGUGUCUCUGCAUCUUCAAUUAAACCAGUGCAUCAUGUUGGCGACUCGACCUAUUCUCCUCCACGCACUGAUGCAAUAUCGAUCCUCCAAACCCAUCGGUGACAAAGAUACCUCGCCGACGAAUACCCAGACGCUCAAGACACUUGGCGAUGCAUGCAUCCACGCUGCAAGACACACGCACUCGCUUAUCGUGGAAGAAUGGACCAACGGAACCAUGCCCAUUUACGGCUACUUUUAUGCACACUAUCUAUUCUCCAGCGCCCUUAUUAUGGUAAUCUCCAGCGAGAUACACACCGAAAACUGCAACGACUUUGCCUUGUUCGAAACAGCGACCGAAAUCUUGCGUGCAAUGAGCGACCAUGGAAACUUGGCAGCCACCGAGUUCCAUGACAAUCUCGAAUGUGUACGACAGUGUCUAAAUAAGAAACGAGGGUCACGAGCCCGCAACUCCCUCCCCAGCGAGGCUUAUCUGAAUCCUAGCGAACCACUAACCCUUUUCACCGAUCCAGCUGCAAGACCUAGUGAGAUGGGACUUCCAGAAGUUUCUUUACCGACCGAUGACAUGGGGUUCUUGGGACAGAAUAUGGAGGAGUUCCUGGCGUUGCCUGAUGUGGAUUUUGGGCCACUGGACCCGGGGAUGCCGAUCAGUGCGGAUGCAACGUACUCGUGGCCAAACUACUCACUGUGGACUGCAUAG